GUGGCGAUAAUGUACCUUUAAGCUGUUUGACAAUCGCCAAUACACGUUAGAAGAGGAAUUAGGCUACAGUCCUGUAAAACAAAAAUGGCGGCGCCAAUGCCGGAGGGUUUGCCGAGCACACACGUGGAGAAAAAGAAUAAGAAAAAGCCCUUAAAACGCUAUUGGGAGGAAGCAGAAAAACCCGACCAAAGGAAACCAGAGGAAGAACAGAGUAAAGCUGCGCAGAACCAGAAUAAAGCAAGAGUACAAAAAAGGCCAUUUGAAAGGAAGAAUUAUGAACGUUACAAACCAGAGGUACUGGACCCUUUUCCUGAUCAGGCUCCUGUUCCAAGAGAACGGCUCCAGAAGUUUAAGAGAGGAGAGAAACACAAAAUGCCUCCAGGAGCCCUGAGGAAGCUGAAAACGGCCAUCGUGUUCUCGGAGACGAUGUCUAAACUCGCUCAGGAUGAGGCAGCAAGAUAUGAUCUCCUGCUUCCAGAGGAUGCUGGCUUCCUGGAGGGAGACAAGGAUGAAGACACAUGUACAAUCUCUCAAGAUGACAUAGCAGAUGCUGUUGACAUCACUUCUGGAUCGAAGUACUUCAACUUGCAUCUUUCCCAGUUUGGGCCAUAUAGGCUUGACUACAGCAAAAAUGGACGGCAUCUGCUAUUGGGUGGAAAGAAAGGUCAUGUGGCCUGCAUCGACUGGCAUUCCAAAGACCUAAUGUGUGAGAUGAAUGUCAUGGAAACGGUGAAUGAUGUCAAGUGGCUUCACACAGAGUCCAUGUUUGCUGUGGCACAGAAGAGAUGGCUCUACAUCUAUGACUCUAAAGGUGUGGAGCUCCACUGCAUCAAGAAGUUCAACGACGUCUUGAAAAUGCAGUUUCUGCCCUACCACUUCCUACUCGCCACUGCGAGUGCCACAGGGUUUCUGCAAUAUCUGGAUGUGUCGAUUGGUAAAGAGAUCGCAGCCAUCUGCACAAAAAUGGGGCGGCUGGAUGUGAUGGCACAGAAUCCCUAUAACGCAGUAAUUCACCUGGGUCACCCAAAUGGCACCGUCACUCUGUGGUCACCCAACCAGAAAGAGCCACUCGUGAAGCUGUUGUGUCAUCGGGGGGCUGUUCGCUCCUUAACGGUGGAUAAAACCGGCAUGUACAUGGUGACGUCAGGUCUGGACAGGAAGCUAAAGGUGUAUGACAUCAGAGCGUUUAAAAACCUUCACUCCUGUUUCCUUCCUGCUGGAGCCUCUUGCCUGUCUCUGAGCCAGAGAGGACUGCUUAGUGCUGCUACUGGAGAUGUCGUACAGGUUUAUCGGGACGUUUGUGGAAGCAAUCCUUUAUCCAAACCCUACAUGGCUCACCGCCUUCGAGGGCAAGUUUGCGGUGUUGCAUACUGCCCUUUUGAGGAUGUUCUGGGAAUCGGACAUGGACAGGGCUUCACCAGCAUGAUCGUACCAGGUGCCGGAGAACCGAAUUUUGAUGCCCUUGAUGCAAACCCUUACCGCAGCUCUAAGCAGAGACAGGAGUGGGAGGUCAAGGCUCUGCUGGAGAAGGUGCAGCCUGAGCUGAUAUGUUUGGACCCGGGACAGCUGGGUAAAGUGGACCAGGCCACCUUUGAGGAGAAGCACAAGAGACGGGUUGAGAGGCUGGGCUUUGAUCCAUUGGGAAAAGCGCCAUUUAAACCCAGAGUAAAGCAGAAAGGAAGAAGCUCGGCUGGUGCCGUGGAAAAAAUAAAGAGAAAAGUCGCCUAUGAGGAUCAGAGGGAUGUAAUUCGACAGUCUAUUCAAGAGAAAAUGGAAAGACAGAAAGAGCUGGAAGAGAAGGCCAAAGAAAAGAAAGAGUUAGAAACGAAGACAACUCUUGACCGUUUCAGGAAGUAGAGCGAAGAUCCCUGACUGCUGUGAACAUGAGGACUAACUCAUAGGAGAAUACAGGAUUCAUACGGGCUCGUCUGUUGCGCGUUUGAGGAUGCUGUUGUACAAGAAAUUUUUAUAACAAAACCUCUGGAUGUCUUCUAGUGUUGCAUGAUUGUGUACAAAACAAAGCUUUUUGCUUGUUUAAUAAAAUACCUAUUAUAUCUACAAGAAAA